AAAAAUCCAAUAUUUAUGCAUUAAACAAAUUCAACACACUGCAAAAACUCAAACUCUUCCCACCUCUAUAUAUACACCACCUUAUGCUAGCACCAAAAACCAUCAUCACCAAACAAACAAUCUCAACAUCUUCACUAGAUAUUUGUCUAAAUUUGGACAAUACAAAGUAGUUCAACUCCAACAACACUAACUACUUUUCUUGCCCCUUUUUUGAUCAAGAAAAAUGGAGUCAAAUGUGGUAAAGCUUGCUGCACAGAAUGCUGUGGUGAUCUUCAGCAAGAGCACAUGCUGCAUGUGCCACGCCAUCAAGCGGCUCUUCUACGACCAAGGCGUGAAUCCAACGGUGUACGAGCUAGACGAGCAGAAGCAUGGCAGGGAGAUGGAGCAGGCCCUCAAGAGGCUUGGCUGCACCCCAUCUGUCCCUGCAGUUUUUGUUGGUGGGAAGUUUGUCGGAUCAGCUCACGACGUGCUCACUCUUCACCUCGAUGGAUCGCUCAAGAAGAUGCUCAAGGAUGCAGGAGCUCUCUGGCUUUGAUCUCUAAUCAUGUUGUAUGAUACAAAGAAAGAAAGAAAGAAAGAAAGCAUCAUUACUGUUGGAUCAAACAAGGCCAACUGUGUGAACUGUGUGAAACUGUAAUUGUAGUUUUUUUUUUUUUUAAAGCAUGAGUUUGAAAGGUGAAGCAUAGAGCUCAGUUUUAUUCAUGAGCUUUGAUGUAAUGUAGCUUCACUUUGGCUCAACUCAUCACUCUUUGUAACUUUCUUACCUCAAUGGGAUAUGCUUUGUGAA